AUGCUCCCCGAGGAAUUGCUUCUCACCACGCUGAGCGAGCAAUUUCCAUGCCGUGAGCUGCAGAUCCGCCAGCUGGCGGCUCUCUAUAAUCCACCACUUCCCAGCCCUUCAACCCUUGUCAUACACGGUCUCGAUGCCACCGGCAAGACUUCGAUAGUCCGCGGCGUCCUCGAGACCCGCAAGCUCCCCCAUGCCAUCGUCAACUCCCGCGAAUGCAUAACCGGUCGGCACCUACUCGAACGCACCCUCGCCGCCUGCCUCGACGCCAUCGACGACGCCGACCCAGACACAACCCUCGACCGCGCGCCGUACGCGCGAUGCGAGAACCUCAGCGCGCUCUUCGUGCAGCUGCAGCGGCUGCUCGACGGCACGGAGCGCUUCGUCCUCGUCUUCGACGGGGUGGACAAGCAGCGCGAGGCGCCGCCGACGCUGCUGCCCGCGCUCGCGCGGCUGGGCGAGCAGAUCCCCAGCCUCAGCACCGUCCUGAUCCUCUCGGUGCCGCCGCGCCCGCGCCUGCUGCACGCCGCCUGCACGCCGACCGUGCACUUUCCGUCGUACUCGCGCGACGAGGCCGUCCUCAUCCUGUCGCGGCGCGGGCCGCCGUCGAACAUCUUCCUCGUGCCGCCGAGCCCGUCGAAGGGCUAUACGGACGACCUGGCGGAGGAGGAUAAGGCGUAUGUGUGGACGCGGUUCUUGGGUGUGGUCUGGGAUUCGCUGGCGAAGAGCGCGGCGCGCGACGUCGUCGGCUUCAGGGCGCUGGCGGAUAAGCUGUGGGAUCCGUUCGUCACGCCUAUCCGCGACGGCACGUUCGGAACGAGGGAUUUCUCGCGGCUGUUGGUGCACCGGCGGGCCAUCUUCCAGGGCGAGUCCGCCUUGGUGGACAGAGUAGUCGUGCCGCAGGAAGCGGACGAGAGCAAGUCGAAUUCAAAGAUCACCCACGACCUCCCCUACUUCUCCAAAUACCUCCUCUGCGCCGCCUACCUAGCCUCGUACAACCCGGCGCGGCAAGACAACAUCUACUUCAUGAAAGCCAGCGAGAAGAAGCGCCGCAAGCGUGCCGCCGGCGCUGCUUCCACCCCCGGCCGUGCCGCCAGUCGCAAGAUCUCGCGCCACCUUCUCACGCCCUCGGCCUUCCCACUCGACCGCCUGCUCGCCAUCUUCCGCGCCGUCCUGCCGCCGCACGACGUACCGCCUGCCUCGGCGGAUGUGUACACGGCCAUCGCGACGCUGAACUCGCUGCGCCUGCUGCUGCGGGGCGGCGCUGCUGGCGCGGAUCCGUUGGAUGGGAGUUGUAAGUGGAGGGUCAAUUAUGGGUGGGAGUAUGUGAGGGAUUUGGGGAGGAGUGUGGGGUUGGAGAUGGGAGAGUAUUUGGCGGGCGUGGCGGAUGCGUAG